AUGUCCCUCUAUCACAAUGUAGAGCUUCUCAACGGGAUUGUGAAGCAUAUCGAGUUGUCAAGCUCAUGGACUUGGAGCAAAUUUCUUGCGAAUCUUGUAAAGAUUGACGAGAAAGAGAAAAGGAUGGAAGAAGAGGCAAGUAAAACCAGUGGAAGUGUGGAUAAGAAGGAGCUCGUGGAAGACGGGCGAAUGUGGCCUUAUGUUGUGCCUGUAGAUGCCUUCGCAGAGCAUGUAUUCGGCGAAUACACCGACAAGCUGGUGGAGGGCGUUGUGGUCGAGUAUGUCAUGAAGGAAUAUGAUGAAUUCAUGGAUCAUAACGUCAAGGGCAUGUGGCUAGCGAAAAUCGUGAAGAUCGCUGGAUAUCGCCUACUGCUGAGAUGGGUAGGCGCUAAUGAGGAAGGUGAUGAGCGGUUCGAUUUCUGGGUGAACAUUGGCUCUAAAACACUUCACUCAGUUGGAUAUGGCUCGUCGUUGCAGUAUAAUCGACUCACGUAUGUUUUUAUGCCACCAAAAUUCGUUGCUGAUCGCUGGCUAAGUGACGGUGAAGAAGCGUUGUCGAAACAUAUCCAGUCGACAAUGAUUCCUCUGCAGCAUGUCCGAACCUUGCGUAAGCAUUUCGAGGAUGACAGAAAACGCAUGAUUACCGACACAAAGUUUCAA